UUUUCUUUCCCAAAUACCAUUAAUGCUACCAAUAACACUUUCUGGCAGCACCAAGCUUUCAAUUCUAGAUACAGCUUGUCACUGAGAUCUCCAUCAUUCUUCUCCCACUUUUCCUAUCCUUUCUCAUCGCAUUUUCAUCAUCCAUCAUUCAUCAUAUUGUGCACUCAAAGUUCGUCAUUGACAAUGCAAGACUCAAUUGGGAUCCCAGCUUGCUUUUCUUCUGCAGUUAAAUCAAUCGAUGAUCAUCACACAGCAGUGACACGUUCAGGUCAAAGCGUGCACGUGUCUGUAUAUAGAACAAAGAUCGCUGAUCACUGCCGCUUGAUAACCAUCACAUGGUGCAAAAACUUGAUGCUUCAUGGUUUAUCAGUGUCAGUGGAAGGCCCAGAAGGAGAAAGCGAAACCCAAUAUAGCUGCAAGGUUGAGCUAAAGCCGUGGUACUUUUGGAGAAAACAUGGUUCUAAGCGCUUCAUGGUAGAUGGUAACAAAGCGGUUGACAUAUUCUGGGACCUUAAAGCUGCAAAGUUUAACGGUGAAACAGAACCAACCUCGGAGUACUAUGUAGCAGUGGUUUGUGAUGAAGAGGUUGUCUUGCUUCUCGGUGAUCUAAAGAAAGAAGCCUAUAGAAGAACUGGGUGCAGGCCAGCUCUUAUAGACCCAAUUUUGGUUUCAAAAAAAGAACACAUUUUUGGGAAGAGAAAGUUCUCUACUAGAGCCAAGUUCCACGAGAAGGGUAGGUGCCAUGAGAUCCAAAUUGAGUGCAAGAACAAGGGUAUUAACGGAGGAGAUUCUUCAAGUGAGGUUCAGCCAGAGAUGGAGAUAAGAUUUGAUGGGCACUUGGUGAUCCACGUCAAGCACUUGCAAUGGAAAUUCAGAGGGAACGAGUCAAUUCAUCUCCACAAAAUGAGAGUGGAGGUAUAUUGGGAUGUUCAUGAUUGGCUCUUUAGUCCUGGUUUGAAACAUGCUUUGUUCAUUUUUAAGCCUAGUUUAUCCUGCACCACAUCAAUGUCAUCAUAUAAUUCACUAUCAUCAUCGUCAUCACCACCGUUAUCAUCUUCAUCCACACCAUUAUCAACUCAAACGGGUAGUUCUGGGUCAGUGGAGGGGUUUACUGUCAGUGAGUCCUCGGAAUUUUGUUUGUUUCUAUACGCUUGGAAGGUUGAAUGAAAAAGUAUCAU